UGCACGCCGGACCACAACUUUACUAGCUACCGUUCGAGAAACCAUUUGGCCUAUCAACGGUCGUCAUCUGGCUCGUCGCACAGUACACAACUGUACAACAUGUAGACGAGUGCAAGGAAAGACCCUGCAACCCAAAAUGGGGAAUCUUCCUGCACAGCGUAUUACCGUCAACUUUCCCUUCGUCUCAGUUGGCCUGGAUUUCGCUGGCCCGUUCUUUAUCGUUAACCGAAGAGGACGAGGAGCGAGACUGACAAAAUGUUACUUGUGCUUAUUCAUUUGCAUGCGCUACAAGUGCAUACAUUUAGAAGCAGUAGGUGGCCUAUCCAGGGAUAACUUUUUAAUGACUUUAAAACGAUUUAUCGCACGACGAGGCAAGCCAGCGGAAAUAUUCUCAGAUAACGGUCGUAAUUUUGUAGCAGCGGCUAAGGAGCUAGGAUCAUUUUUAAAAAUACAUAACCACUUGUUUUCUGACUUCGCUGCACAAGAAGGUAUAAAAUUUAAUUUCAUUCCUGCUUACUCCCCUCAUUUCGGCGGCAUUUGGGAAUCAGGCAUCAAAUCCGCAAAACACCACGUAAAACGCGUUAUAGGCAAUCUUCACCUGACUUUUGAAGAAUUGCAGACUUUAUUUGCGCAAGUAGAGGCAAUAUUAAACAGCCGGCCCUUAUGUCCCAUGACUUCAAAUCCCAAUGACUUCCUUCCCCUCUCUCCUGGACACUUUCUCAUAGGGAGAGCGCUAACUUCGUUCCCGUCUCCACAAAUAGAAGAGGUGGAUCCCAAUAAGCUGAAGCGGUUUCAGAGAUUGGAACAAAUUAGACAGCAUUUUUGGCGUCGUUGGCAAAAUGAAUAUAUUAAUGAAUUACAGAGAAGACAGAAAUGGUUAAAGGAUACUCCACAACUCAAGGUGGAUGACUUAGUCCUGAUCAAGGAAGAAAACUUGCCACCGCUGUGUUGGAGACUAGGAAGAGUCACGAAAUUGUUUCCGGGACCCGAUGGAGUGAUACGAGUGGCAGAUGUAAGGACUUCAACCAACUGCCUUCGACGAGCUUUGGUACGCUUGUGUCCCCUUCCUGGUCCAGAAGAAGAGGUCUCUAUUGAAAGAGAAGCCUUUCAAAGGGGGGAGCAUGGCGCGGCCUGAAGCGCCAAUAUAUUUAUUUAUAGCAACGCGCAUCUCAACGAGCCACUGUUCAUCGUGAUGUUUUAGGCGUCAAGAAUUGACGUAUAAUUUUUUUGAAGAUACCCGCUAUACAAAUUAUUAGUUUUAUAUUCAUUCACCGUCUCAUUACGCUGUUCACAUCAGCUCCAUGUAAUUUUCAAGUUUUUUCAAGUAUACACACGUUAAAUCAAGUUCCCGGGUUUUAUUUACCUCAAGAAUAGGACCCUCUUAUGUUUCACAAGC